UAUGAAGAUAGCAGCAUUGUUAGGGUGGGAGGCUGCCACUUUGGCCUAGCAACAAACAACUGCCUGACCUUGGGAUCUAUUGAAAGCUGAGAAGCCAAGCAGAACAGAGAGAGCACCACCAAAUGAACCCCCCCGCCCCCCCGGGUUCCUGCCUGUUUCUUUUAUUUAACCUAAACAAAUUCUUCAGUGAAAAAAUAUGGCUAUCCAUCCCGACAGUCUGCAUGUGUAUAUUCAAGAUUGCCUUUCCAUAUUGAUCGGUCUUCUGCAUUGUGAUUCUGAAAUCUUAAAAUCAGUACAUACACACCAGGAAAAAUAAUCACUGGAAAAAAUUCUCAGUGGUGACAAACAAGUUAAAUAUUAUUAUUACAGUGUACUAGCUACACUAGCUCUUAUAUUUCAGGUGCUGAGCAUUGAGCUCUAGCAGCUGCAAAGAGGGUAUUUGCCCACAUAAGAAAGCCAGUUGUAACCAGUUUGUGUAUAAGCAUUCUGUCACUUAAAAUAACUAAAUGGACAUAAAUCACAGGUUUUCCUCUUCUCUUUCCUCUUGUUACUUAUUCAAAUGAGCCCCCUACACAUGCCAUUGUGUCAAUUCUUCUCCACAUGCAGCUGCGGAUGUAAGACAGGUGGCGCUGAGUCAAUAUGAGACGCUGCAUAUUCUCCGGGAGACUCAGCUUCUAGCCUGGUACAGAAGCUAGCCUUCUAAGUGAAAUUCAGCUAGUAAUAUCAACCCAGCAGCCCUUCCCACUUCUGAAACAGAGUAAUUGGGGCAAAGACCAAAGUCAGGAACACCUGCUCAGAAGAAGGAUAAAAGAUUCCUUCAUGAAUCCAUUCAAGAAUGAGGCGAUGUUUUCAGGCAGCAUGUGUCCUUCUAGUGAGAACUGUGAUGCCAGAUAACACCCUGAGUGAAAUGUGAAAAUACUGCAGGAUUCUGCUUAGGGGAUAAACCCUUUCCCUGCAGAGAAUGUAGAAAAUACAGGGAGACUGCAGAUUUCCUGAGGAUGGAAGUCAAGACUGAAUCCAGCUGAGCAGCUCUGCCUAAGCAAGCUACAUCACUGGAGCCAACUGAAAUUGCUGCAGGCAUUCCAAGAAAAAUUGCUUCCAUGGCGUACGCUGUUGCAGAUCCUAUUCAAGUGAGGGUUGAUAAGCUGGAACCCCGCAGCAUCCUGUAGGACAGCAAUGAACAGUUUCCUGGUACAAUCUUCUGAGACCUAAUUCUGACUGCAGGUGAGUCAACAUCACCUCAUGAUUAGCAGUACUAAAGGCAGCCGAAACAUCUAAUACUAUCGCCAUGGACUCUUCAGAAGACCAUUGACCUGUGUGAGAUCCAAGCUGAAAGCCUGCUGAGCACCUCUUGCUGCAGUUACUUUACUAACAGCCUGAAACUAUGGUUGUGAUAAACCAGUACGCAGCGCUCCAUCCUCCCCUGCGUCUGAACUCCACUUUGCACAGGAAGAGGGGGAAAUGGGUGAGCAGCGCCCAACGUCACAAGCUUGCAAGAUGGCGCUGGGAGGAAGGCUGUGAGAUGAGGAACAGGCUGGUAUAGCCCGAGAGCCGAAGGGGAAGGGGGAGCAAAGCUGCUGCUACCGAUGCAAUAACAAGACAAAAAGAAAUGAUGAGCACCCGCAACUCACAUUGAAGUCAACAUCUUUGGGUCAAAUAUGCCCUCAAUCACAGCUUUGCAAUCUCGGUGACUUCAGAGGGACUGUUUACCCAUCUGUCAAACGGGUAUAAUAUUUAUAGCUGCGCUCAAGGUGGUGAAGAGAAGGUGAAAGGAAGAGAAGGUGGAGAUGGAACUGCCAAAUCAUGCCAAACAACUGCUACUGCAGCUGAACCAGCAAAGAGCCAAAGGUUUCCUCUGUGAUGUGAUUAUUGUGGUAGAAAAUGCCCUGUUUCGUGCCCACAAGAACAUCCUGGCAGCCAGCAGCAUGUAUUUCAAAUCCCUCGUCCUGCAUGACAACCUGAUUAACUUAGACACGGACAUGGUGAACCCCACUGUGUUCCGACAGAUCUUGGACUUUAUUUAUACUGGGAAGCUCUUAACGACUGACCAGCCUGGUGAACAGAACUUUAAUGCUCUCCUCACCGCAGCAAGCUACCUCCAACUGCACGACCUGGCAGCUCUCUGCAGGAAGAAACUGAAGCGGAAUGGGAGGUCUUUCGCUGGCAGGGCCGGCGGCCCCAGUGUUGGGAGACCCCCCAGGAGCCAGAGGCUUUCUACCACUUCAGUCAUCCAAACUCGUUAUUCAGGGUCAACUGAGGGCAUGAAGGGCUCGCACUCAAAGGAGCUGCCAAAGGGAAAGGUCUCUGACGAUGAGAUCUUCAUCAGCAGCUCUAACCAAGAGAACUCUCACUCCUUAAGCAGGGGAGCCAGCAAGAACGGCGGCAGUGCAAAUGGAAGCAGUGGCGACCAGGAGCUCGGCCUCGACCUGUCCAAAAAAAGCCCGUCGCUCCCCACAGCAGCCUCCCAGGACGACACACAGCACAGCGAAAGCCAGCACGGCUCUCCCCAAUCUGCCUCAGCCCCCGCAGCCAACAGUGCCUCAUCAUUCGACGAGUCUGCAGCCGGAGCCCCCCAGAGUGCAGCAGACAGCAGUGAGCCCAUGGAGAUGGACAUGAACGAGGAGAGCCACUCCCUGGCGGAGAGCGGCCAGCGCAAGAGCCUCCGGCACUCGGCACGCAAGAAGGAGUGGAUCAAGAAAGACAAUGCUUUUGACCGGAAAGAGGGGGGCAAAGGUGGUGAGGAAGGCGAGGGGCUACCCAAUGGCAUCCUGGUGGGUCCCUUGUCCAAGUCGACUGAGCGGAACCUGAGCAACGCCUAUGGCCCGGAGCAGGCGUUCCAGUGCAAAGAGGAGAUUGAAAACGGCAAGGAGAUGAGUGAUGACAGCGGACAGAGCGAGUGUGAGAGCGGGGGGCACACCAGCGCCAACUACGUCUACCGGCAGGAGGGGUUUGAGCCUGUGGCCUACGGUGACAACCUGUAUGUCUGCAUCCCCUGCGGCAAGGGCUUUCCCAGCUCCGAGCAGCUCAACGCCCACGUGGAGACGCACACCGAGGAAGACCUCUACAUCAAGGAGGAAGGCACGUACGGUGGCAAGGAGGAAGCUGAAGAUUUGUCCAACCCUAACCAGCCCUACGCUGCAGAAUCCCGGCCCUUUAAGUGUUCAGUAUGUGAGAAGAGCUACAAGGAUCCAGCCACUCUGCGGCAACAUGAGAAGACUCACUGGCUGACACGGCCCUUCCCUUGCAACAUCUGCGGCAAGAUGUUCACGCAGCGGGGCACCAUGACACGGCACAUGCGCAGCCAUUUAGGGCUCAAGCCCUUUGCUUGCGAGGAAUGCGGGAUGCGCUUUACCCGGCAGUACCGACUGACAGAGCAUAUGCGGGUCCACUCAGGAGAAAAACCCUACGAAUGUCAACUGUGUGGUGGGAAAUUCACCCAGCAGCGCAAUCUGAUCAGCCACCUGCGAAUGCAUACCUCUCCCACAUAAGCCAAAGACUCCAGAAUGAGCUUCGAGCCCAUCCGCAGUGAUUUACCUUUCUGUAGACUUGCUGCUUAAGAGGGCAACUCCCCUCCUCUGUUCAGUCAUGAGCGGCCUAAACAAACAUAGCUUUAAGAUUUUUUUUUUUUAAAUAAAAGACAAAGAAACGUAGGUCCACAGCCAAGCUGAUGCCCUUCUCAAAUCAUUCCCCAACCCUCCCUUGCUGAAUCUCAAUGGUGUGGCAAGAAAUGCCAUUUAUUUUCGUGGGUUUUGACUUGGCCUCUCUUUUGAUCCCUCCACCCAGGUAGCAGGAGUGAGGUCUCCUGCCUGUUGGAUGGUAAGUGGGAAUGGGGAGAGAAAUUCCAUCUGAUCAACUAGAGCUGUACCAACUCUUUAUUCCCCCCCCUUCCUUGGCACUCCUGUAGUGCUUUAUAGACUUUGAUCAAAGUGUUAUUUCCUGCACUAACGAAAAGUGCAAGUGGAACGUGUCAUCCACUGGCUACUCUGUGGGCUUUGCCUUUCCUUUUGCAUUCAUGUUACAUUACUAAUGUCCCUACAACCAGAUUCAAUAAGGGCAUUCCUUGCCACUCC